GCAGACCGCGCCGCACCACGAAAAGAAACACGCUCGCGACGCACACAUACAUGUGCGCACACUCUGGUGCGCGCACAUAAAAUAUAAAAAAGAAAAUCGAGUAAAAAGAAGGCAUUUUCCAAAUGACUGAACAUUCGAUGGAAAAAACGCGUCUCGCAGCGAGCUGGCCGAGCUGCGGGCACGACGCGGACGACACAUCGUGCGAGCGCUCCGCGUAUUUUUCGAAAAACUCCGUCAAACUCCAAACUCUGCCGUAGAGGUUGGUUCGCGGCGAUAGGCUGCGCUACGUUUUUGUUUACGAUCGCGUUCGCGCUGCGUGCGGCUGGCGGAGCGGCGAGCGGGCGCUCAGCGGCGCACUUGCCGAGUACACGAGUGCCGAGUACGCGCGGUCGCGACCAACGUCGAAAACUCAAAAACAAAACGAUCACGAAACAUUUUUCUAAUAAUUCAAACAAACACACACCGGCGACGAACGCGCGAGUGACUAAACACGAGCGCGCUAACCCAAAAUAAAGAAAUAUUUCCGACUGUCGUCGUCGCCGUCUGAAUGUGCGCGCAGCUCUAAGGUGUUAUUAAUUAAAAUUAACCAAUUAAAAACGAUUAGAAACACUUAAAAUGUUUAAAACGCUAGUGACCAAUUGGACGCGAAGUGUGCAAACGCUCGGCGGGCACGUUCAACUGCGUCGAAAUUAAUUUAGUAAUUUAGCCUGUUUUCCACACACAACAAAACGCUGCUACAAAACGUUGUCGUUGUUGCGUUGAUGUUGUUUUUUUCGUAACGUGUGCCGAACAUUUUUCGCCCCGACCGCAAACUCACAACAAAUGCGUCGGAGGACGUUCGUCAGUUUCUAGAAUCUAGUAGAAGGAGGACGUGCUCACAAAAAAUAAAUUCGAUGAAAAUGUUGCCUCAACAGUACUGUCUCCGAUGGAGAUAUCACCAUUCGAAUCUGCAGACAAUGUUUUCAACGCUGUUGGAACGUGAAGCUUUCUGUGAUGUGACACUAGCUUGUGAGGGUCGGACAAUUAAAGCACACAAGAUUGUCCUCUCCGCCUGCAGCACGUUCUUCGACAACAUACUCACCCAGUAUGAGGAGAAAGAUCCCAUCCUCAUCAUGAAGGACGUGAAGUAUGUGGACAUCAAGGCCUUGGUGGAGUUUAUGUAUAAAGGAGAAAUCAAUGUGGAUCAUUGUCACUUGGCAACACUAUUAAAGACUGCAGAAGAAUUAAAAAUUAAAGGCUUAGCCGAAGUGUCUUGGAAGGAUGAGGACGAAAACAAUCCAGAGAUCACAAAUACUAAUGGGACUGGCAUUCACGCCGCGCUGCAGAAUGUAUCAGCUGUGAUGGAGUCGCCGGGGCGGACGGAUACGUGCAAAAGAAAGCGUGGUCGGCCGCCCAUAGACGAUUACGAUUAUAUGACGGCAGCGGCGACGGCGGCGAAGGUGCCCAACGCCGGUACAACCUCCGACGACUACUCCAAUGACGCCCCGUCGCCGGAAAAUCAUUCCAGCUUCGACGACGAGGCGGCCAACUGUGAUGACGAUGCUGGCGACACGCUGCCGGCUGUUGUUCAGCAGUUGAAAGUGAAGCCUGACUACAAAAUCAAAAUGGAAUAUCAAUCUCAUGACGAUUCGGACGGUGGCACCACCACUGUCAAUGACCAAAACGACGCAUCGUCGCAACGCAAUGAAGCCAUUCCUGCCAAACAUUACCACAACUCGACCAACUCCAAUUCCCUACUGAAAGUGAUGUCGUCGACACCUUCGGCUAGUACAUGCAACCUGUCGGCGAGUGCGUCCGCCUCGCUGCUGACUGCCGCAUUGGAGAAAGAAUGGCCGGACGUGGUGAAGAUGAACGAUUAUUUGAACACUGGCAGACGUCAGCAGUUCUGGGAGGAACCGUUCACGAAGCGCGUCAUGGAUGCCAUCAAACACAAGAAUCUCGAGAUGAAAAUCGCCGCCGAACUGCUGGGUGUCUCCUAUGGCACCCUUUAUGGGCGAUAUCGGGAUGCUUACGGAUGUUUAAAACAUCCCUACAGAAUUAAAGACUUUUGGACGGAACAAGGCCCAACCGACGUCUUACAUAAGCUGAAGCGUAAAGAGAUUACACUUUUUCGAGCCGCCGAACAAUUAAACGUCACGCCGCAGACGCUGUCGAACUAUCUUAUAUCCAUGGCCGUUAAUGAGUCCAACACGUCGGGCGCGCAGCCACCGAGCACCAACGACCAAUACGAGGAUAUCGAAUGGGACGACGAUAACGAGGUGAUUACUCCAGACGCGCUUUACCAACAGAUCACCUCUGUGGUGGCGUCUACGAGCAACGUGCUGCCGAACUGCCCCGACAUCACUAUCAUUAAAAAGGAGAAGAUGGACACGAGUAGGAUCAACAAUAACUCUGAUCAUUCCGACGCAACGCACUGAAACUAACUCUUAGGUAGGUCGAUAAAACGACAAACAAACUAACGACCAAAACAACAAAGUCAAACAAGUGUAAUACAAAAACAACUAACUUCAAGUUGUACAUUAACGUAAAACUAUUCGAAUGUUAAUGUUCAACGAAGGAUUCGAUGAAAAUCGCAACAAUUUAAACGAUAAGAUUGAACCAAAUAACAAAUGUGCAAAAAUCUAUAUUGACAAUUGAUAAUUCCACGUGUCUACGUUUAGUAUUUUAUACAGACCAAAGUAAUGAGUAAUUUUUGUACGUGUCGCAGAAAAGUGCCGGUACUUUAGUUCGAUGAUGAUUUACUUCAUGCUGCAUCAUUUGUAAAAGGACGGCAUUAUAUUUUACGAUUACCUGCUAUCAAAUAGUAUGGACGAAUACAAUUCAUAAUUCAUGUAUGCUAUACAAAAAUAACUUCAAAUCUAAUCCAGUUGAGUAUGAAGCAAUAAUAGAAAACCGUAACACACAUUAAAUGCCUGUUACAAUAGACUUAUAAAAACAUACAUAAUACAUUCAACAAAGUAGUGAUAUGAGAAAUACCAAAUAAUAAAAUGCAUCAAACUUACUCCUCUAAGUUAACGAAUAAUUGAUAAUUAAAGAGCUUUAACUUUUUUCUUUCUAAUCAAAUAUUAAGGAACAUUAUACACGCGUACUGUUAUAGCGAGUAUGCCCGCUUGAAAACGACGCUUUUCGAGCACAUAUAAAACCUAUGUAUAUUAUAAUAACGUAACUAUGUAUUAUAACUUGAUAUCAAAGGCAUUCGUAUGCAGACAUGAAUAUUACAUGACGCGUUAUAGAAACCAUAUUAUACACACCUUAUUAACAUUAUGAGAAUUAAUAUAUAUGACGCAAAACGGGAAGCAGAGACAGAGAAGAGAUAUAUUUAGCUAGAUAGAUUGAUAAUGAUGAUCAUAUGAAGAUAGGUAGAUAGAAAUUAUAUACUUAUAUAGGAAAAGAACUAUUAAAUUCGCGAUAUUUUCGUAUGGUAUCUGAGUAUCUACAUAACUAAUCAUUGUGUCGAUUUGACGAAUUUAUUUAUGUAUCAUUCUAUUAUUGGCUGAGUAUAGGCACAAACUGAUCAAAACAACACACACAAACUGGCAUGCUUCUUCAAUUGAUGCUUGAAAUAUGGGAGAAAAUUAACGAAAAACAUUGAUCUCGACAUGGAACACACAUAUGUUUAGUUUAGUCGUUAUUUUCGCAAAACUAUAAUCGAAAAUCCAAAAAGGUAUCCAAAGUAUUCUAUAACGAUCUAACAUUUAUUAUUAUACAUAUGUAUUUUUAUUUUUUUGUUUCUACUUUUUUGUUAGUGAUGUUAUCUUUAACCGUUUUCUAUCUGCAAAUGUUUAUUAUUUUUGUAUAUAACAAAAUUUUUAUUAAGUUUUCUAGUUUAUUGCCAAGUUGAUGUGUAAUGCAAUAUUCCUCUGUUCGUUUUUAUAACUUAUUCCGAACAGCGUAUUAGUUGUUACCUUUCUUUUUAUUCGUGAUUGAAAAAAUCAAAAAAAUACAAUGCUUUAUCAUUCUUAGAAAUCGUUUAUUAUAAUUAUGAUGUAGAUGAUGAGAAAAUAUUUAUGUAUGUAAAAUGAAUUAUUCCUAUAUUCACAAAAAGCGUAUAUUGAAUAAUAUCUUUAAAGAAACAAUGAUGAAGUAAUAAAGAACAAGUUCGUGAAACGAAAUUAA